AUGGUGCGAAGCUUGUCGCAGUGGACGAAGACGCUCAGUUUCCCGGCUAGACUGUCUCCAAACCGUACGUCCAAGGAGAGCGUCGUCAAUGUUCAGCCCGGAUCUCCCGGGGUCUCGCCCACCCCCAGUGCAUCGUCGCUGCCUCAAGGAUCCGACAAAACAAUUUCGCCAAUCCCUAUCACCGAGAUCAGUCAAAUAGUAAAUGUGAAAGUAAAUAAAACGAACCAGAUAUAUCCGGACCCGGAGUCGGAAAAGGCGAUAAUGGGUUCAGUGGUGUAUUGCAUCCAUCACAAGGAAGGAUGCCAGUGGUCAGACGAACUCCGCAAGCUGAAGGCGCACCUGAACACGUGCAAGCACGACGCCGUGCUCUGCGCCGCCCAGUGCGGCGCGAUGAUCCCGCGCCUGCUCAUGCAGGACCACCUGCGCUACACGUGCCCGCGCCGCAGAGCUAACUGCGAGCACUGCGGGAAGGAGUUCUCGGGGAGCGCACUCGAGGAACAUCAAGGGAACUGCGGUCACGAGCCCGUGUACUGCGAGAACAAGUGCGGUGCUAAAGUGCAACGGAGACACACACAGCAGCAUGUGCAGCAACAUUGCAGCAAACGGCUCGUGCCCUGCAGGCAUUGCGGACAGCGGUACACACAGGACACGGUGUCGGCGCACGGCGCGCUGUGCGCGCGCGCGCCGGUGCCGUGCCCGCAGCGCUGCGCCGCGGCGCCGGCGCGCGACGAGCUGGACGCGCACCUGCGGGACUGCGCCGCGGGCAGCCUCGCCUGCGCCUACCGGGACGCCGGCUGCCGCUUCAAGGGCACGCGGCCCGCGCUGGAGCGGCACUCGGAGGAGAGCACGCAGACGCACCUGGCGCUGGUGUGCGCGCUGGCGGCGCGGCAGGCGCGCCAGCUGGACGCGCUGCGCGGCGCCGUGGCGCGCCUGGGCGCGGCGUGCAGCGGCGCGCUCGUGUGGCGCGUGCCCGACUGGGCCGCGCGCAUGGCCGAGGCGCGCGCGCGCGACGGCGUGGAGCUCGUGUCGCCCGCCUUCUACACCUCGCAGUACGGCUACAAGCUGCAGGCAUCACUAUUCCUGAACGGCAAUGGCGCUGGCGAGUCAACCCACAUGUCAGUGUACAUCAAGAUCUUGCCGGGCGAGUACGACGCACUCCUGCGCUGGCCGUUCGCUCACACAGUGUCCUUCACACUCUUCGACCAAAGUUCAAGCCCAGACAGAGCCUGCAAUAUCGUAGAAAGCUUCGUCCCAGACCCCACAUGGAAGAACUUCCAAAGACCAUCAAAGGAACCAGACGCGCUAGGCUUCGGUUUCCCGAGGUUCGUCUCACACGAAAUGCUCAAAAAAAGAAAUUUCGUCAAGGACGACGUCAUGUUUCUCCGAGUCAAAGUUGAUCCUAGUAAAAUAGUAGCCGUCUAAUUUAGCAUUAAGGUUUAUCAGUCUACGUUACUAUAUACAAGUCACUGUUAUUUAGUAUUAGAUAAUUUAAAAGUCAUAAUUUAAGUUGUAUAUAAUUUAGAAUAUUAUUUGAAUAUUAGUUGAGGGCAUUUUUGAGUUUCAAAUAUAACAGUUAAUAAGACUGGA